AAACGGAGUGUACCUCCUAAUGAACACUGGGCGGCACGAGGAUAAUCCGUAUAAAAGAGCAAACAUCAAAAGUGUAAACAGUUUUAUCGACUAAUGGAAUAGAUAGAAUGAGGCCGCAUCACUACGCUUCGACCGGCGCCGGAUUCGCUUACUCGCUCUUCAUACGUUCUUUUCUUUCACUCCUUCUGUCACUGUCAGGUCAGUAUCACAUUGUCAGUUGCGGUGGUAUGUUGUCGCGUAGCGACCGAAGCCGUAAGCGCGUGUUCAAUCCAAAACUUUGUUAUAAAACAUUGAAAAUAACCUAAAUGAGUAAAUUAACUAAGUAUAACAUACUUAAUCCAGUGUAAUAUCAACUGUUAUGUGUUUUCCUUACAAGUGUUAUUAAUAGAAGUUAUAUUUUCAAAAUAGAAUAUUGGUGAUGACUGACGACGAGCGUGUUGGGAUUGUGGCGAUGUUUGUUUAGUGUUUAUUAGUUGUGAUAGGUUUUAAUUGACAUAGUGAUGGCGGUCAACUUCAGCUUGUGUUUACUGCUUGUUGUGUACCGGGUGUCGGCGGUGUACUCCGAGAGCUUGGAUGUAACUUUGACCGAGGCAAAACCCGAGGUCUCCGAAGGCGUGCGGUGCUACUGCAACACGGCGCAAUGCGUGAGCACGGGCUACAUGUGCCGGUCUACCCGCGGGGGAGGAUGCUACAGCGAGUUGCCCGCGCCGCGCCGCCACCACGCCAGCCACGGUUGCCUUCAGCAUCUAGCUGACACGGCCGAAGAAGCAGUGUCCCGUUGCCAGAACUCACCGUCAGCAGACAUACGGCCGCCUUCAAGGGAGCAUUCGCUGCUACUGUGCUGCUUUAGGGACCUGUGUAACCAUGAGGACAGCCCGCUGGCUCGGGCCAGACUCAAUCUGACCCAUGACUCAGAAGGCAACACAAUAGCCAGCGACUGCGGCGCCAGCUACAACAGCGAAGUGUGGUUCAAAGCGGCCACCAUAGCAGUACCAGUGUGUGGCGCCAUCAUUCUGUUCCUGCUGGUGGCGGUGGCCGUGCGGUUACUCAAGGCGGAUGCCUUGCUACAUGCGGAUAGGAAGCUCAGAGGCGGCUACUCGUGCCCGCUGGCGCAGCCCUCGGAGGACGUGAAGAAGGUGUGGGUGGGCGCGGGCGCGGGCGGGGGCGCGCCGCUGCUGCUGGCGCCGGGCGGGGGCCGCCUCGUGGCCGUGGAGCGCGCCAUGCUGCGGGACGGCCCCGCCGCGCCCCUCUGUGAUAUACAGCGGUAGGCUGCCGAUGUCCGUACACCUGUCCUUAGGAACGAGACCGUACGCACUAAAGGGCUCUUCUAACUUUUUGCGCUGAGUGCCAUGGCCAGGUCUCCGCUUUUGCGGGCCGUAUUGUACGCAAUUUUGCGGGGCGGACUGAUAAGUUCGCGAGUUGUAGUUUGGAGAACCCUCCACUGAACUGGCUAUCGGGGCAUAUUAGUGUCUCGCACCCUUAUUAAGCUGUUGUUUAUGUCUUAGAUACUUACUGAUAUUUCGAUUGGCUGAUUUACACCCUAAUCUUGUUUUGUACCAGUUUUGCACUAAAAUGUCAGAUCGGUUGGACAAAUUUAAAUAAUCGAAUUGUGUAAUUUUCCAUAAAAACUUUUCUUUAGUGUGCAAUGUGCAUAAAUAAUCGAACUGUCAUAUUUUCGGGAUAUCAAAACCGUAAAAAUGUGUGAGCUUUACGACCCCGGCUGCCACUAUGGUUGACUACGAGUGUAUGUUGCCCAGCCAGGUUGUUUAAAAAAAAAGCAACGGUAGGAGUGGUUCCUUUUAUAAAUUGCAAGUGCUUACAAGGUCAUAAAGGUCAUAAUCUGAAGUGUCGGAUUUAUGGAAUAAGAGGAGCCCAUCUCUGGGUCGCGCUGUUGUAUUGGAUUAUGGUCUGAGUGGAUGUGGAAAUGUUUAUCUUAAAUACUUCGUUUUUCUUUAAUCAGCCAAUGUAAAUAACUGUUUCGAUGCUUAGUCCACUGCUUUUCCUAAUAUUUUUUUAUAUUAAAAGUAAAAUGGAAAAAUGUGCACCUCCGGCAAGACUCGAACUUGCGACUAUUGGAACACCGGUACAAUCGCUAUCGCUACUUCCAAUGCUCGCAAGUUCGAGUCUUGCCGGAGGUGUACAAUUUUCCAUUUUUCCUUUAAUAUAAAUAUUCGUAGUAUCGCUCAUAGACUCUUCUACUUGAUAAAAAAAAAUGUUUUACUAAUAUUGUCUCGCCAACAUAAGAGCAAUGGCGACUACAGCGUUUAAAUCCCUUUCGGUACACGGAGAAGCAUGUGUUCUGAUUUAAAGAUGAAUAAAAUUGCAAAGGGCAUUUGGUACCUGUAAGACACAUUGACUAAUUUACAAGCACCUGUAUAUCUUAAUAUUCAUAUCAAAUCAUCUUCAAAUCUAGGGUUGCAGGAACGAUUUCCUAUCCACACAAAUUGAUCUCAAAAAAAUGUAUACACUUCUCUUGUCAGUGACAGCGUGGCCCGAUGACAUACCAAAACAAUUGUGUAUAUAUCUUGUAUCGUUUAUAUAUGCGCUUUGUGUUCCUUUAAUAUAGUGUAUAUGUACCCUUUUUAGGUUUAAUUGAACCAUCCAGGCCUGUUAGUCACUGAUUCUUAGAUUUUUACUUAUUUAUUUGGAUUAUAAUUUCUUGGUACAUUUCCAUAAGUUGUUUUAUCUAUUUUAAGGCUUGAUAAUGUAGUUUAGAUACUGUUUUCUUUAAUUUAUUAAUACUUUAGUAAAUUUUAAAAUACGAGUACCUAUAUUAUCUUCUUCCUCGCGUUGUGGCAUUUUGCCAUUUUAAAAUAUAUUAUAAUUUUAUUUAAAAAAAAUAAGUAUGCCCCAUUUAUACGAUAUUUAGGUAAAGUGUAGUUUAAUAGAAAUGGCAAACCAAUUUACUUUCAUUUCUUCGUAAUAUCACACUUUUUGUGGACAAUCAUGAUUUUAUCUACAUAUUAUAUACUUAAAUCUUUUAUUUAUAUCAAUCAAUAGUCAAAGUUAAUGUUAAUUAUUAAUAUUACAAUGAAAACAACCAUCGUAAAACUUUAAGGUUAUACGUUAUUCUAAUAAAAUCUGUCAUAUUUGUUUCGAUUAUUUGCCAUUUCUAACUUCUAACUCCGCUUUACUUACUAUUCUUACGUCAAAGUAAAUGUUGAAAUCUUAUCUUUCUUAUGUACUGACUGGCCAGAUGGUUCUUAUGUAUUAUCGACUGACUUUCCUUAAGAUAUAUGUAAAGCGUGAAGUAUGUAUUCGGUUAUCGAUAAUAGACAAUCUACAUGUUCAAUGCAAUUCAAUUUCUGGUUUGAUUUUCGGAAAUAUUUUAAUAACUUCUAACAGAGAGUCUGGAGUUGCAGGAGUACAUAGGCUACGGAGACUGCUUACCAUCAGGCGGGCCGUAUGCUUGUUUGCCAUCGACGUAGUAUAAAAAAAAGGUAAAUAUACCUGUAUAUGUCAUAUAUUUUGCUUUAAGAUCUAUAUACAAAUGAAAAUUGAUCUUAUUGACAUCAUUUAAAUUCAAGGAAUAUUGUUCAAACCAAUUUUUUAGUUUUAUUUAAAUAUUUCCGUAAAUUGAUUUAUAUUCUUAUCUAGUUUUUCCCAUAUAUAUAGUCGAAAAAAUAUUCUUAGACCUACAUUGUAUACAUACUUUUGCAUGCAUUUCCUUUCCCAUGUACAUGACUGUAUUGUAUAAUGUGUAAAUAUAGUAUAUGUUAAGUUGUUACCUGUUACCUAUAUUAUAAUCACAAUGAAUUAUGUAAGGUGUUUCUGAGAGUUAAAUCCAUUUGGAGUUUGCUAGUCUUUAUUUAUCUGAUUUUUGCAUUGAUAUGCGAUUUUAUACUAUAAAUUAACUCCCGAUGGAUUUUGCUUGUGGUCGAAUAAAUGCAAUACCUUUUAGGUUUAAAAGCACACAUUAUUUAAGUCCAGUGUGAAUUUAAAUUUAUAUUUUUAAGAAUUAUUGUGCAUAUUUAAUUGUAAAUAAAAUUGAUGUUUGUGAUUUUUUUAAGGAUUAUUUUAACACAUGACACAAUUAUAAAAAUAAUAUAACACUCUUGCCACAUUGGCGACGGUCAAUACAGUGACAUUUAAAAAAAAAAAUUGUUCCAAACCGAAGGGUAAAAAAAAUAUUGGCUUGUAUAGAUAAAAAAUGUAUGACAUUCAAACAGGAAACUGUUAAAUAAAUAAAAUAACUAUUAAAAUCAAAUUUGUUUUUUUGCGGGUUAAAUUGUAAUUAUAGUCUGUCAAACCAUUUCCGUCAUUAGAAAAAAAGCGGCAAAUAUAAAAAAUAGGAAUUUAAAAAAGGAGAUAUUCUAUUGAAAAAGUUGUUAGACUGGCUUUAGUACAGUCAAGGUAUUAAAUAUCGACACGGACAAAGUGCCAAAAAUAUGUAUACACGACCUUAAUGCCUAUAAUUUAAGGCAGUGUAUACAUAUAUUUAGCACUAUCCGUGUGUAUAUUUAAUACCUUGUCUGUACAUAUGUGUGUAUUAUUCGGUUGUAAUAACAGAGUGACCUAUUUCGAUGUUAAUCCAUUUUCAACCGUAUUCAUAUCAGUUUAAGGUUACGUUUUGUCCGAAUAUUGUUGAGUUAGGUCCAUUUAAACGUGUGAUAUUUCUUCGACCAUACACAGAAUAAUACCAGAUGCUUCCCAAGGUGCCUUACUGUAACUGUAGUCAUACAUUAUGUAGGUGCAAUUAUAAUACUCCGUAAGCCUACGAUCUUAUGUAAAUAUAAUAAUUAUAAUGAAUUGUGUAAAGUUAAUAAAAAAGAAAUUAUUUUAUUACUGGA